AUGGACAAGCAUCUGAGGCAGCUCUCGCAGAAGCACUGGGGCACUCGCUUUGUCAAGAUCAACGCGGAGAAAGCGCCGUAUUUGUCAGAGCGAUUGCACAUUUGGUGCCUGCCGUCGCUUGUCCUCUGCGUGGACGGCAAGACGGAGCACACUGUGGUUGGCUUCAGCGAGUUUAAGUCUGGAGACGAGGUCACAACAGAUGAGCUCGAGGAAAACCUUGCAAAGUGGGGUGUCAUCAAAUACGAUUGCUGA